UUCUUCUUUGACCGUUGCGCGCGCGACAGACAACCCCAAUACCGAAGCAUUCGAGUUCGAAGAAAAGUCCAAGGCACCACGAAACUUCCAUUCGUCAGAGCCAACAUUGCCUUUAUUGAAGCAGGCAGAAAACACAAACAAACAACAAACACAAAAACUUUCCGCAAAGCCCGAAAUCAACUCAGUCUUUCACCAUGUUUGCCCUUUCAGAAGAGUCCAAGGAGCGCAUCGGCAAGCUCAUUGACGUCUCGCGCGUUGCCAUGCACUAUGGAUAUCUGCCCUUGAUCCUGUAUCUCGGCUACACCAGGAGCGAGCCUCGCCCGUCCUUGAUCAAGCUCUUCUCCCCCCUCGAGUAAACAAACAUAUGGAUCGAGCCUUUUGCGACCUGUUGCAAGUCUGAGGAGAGCUAUGUACUUCGCUGGGGUUAGCGACAGUGCGUGCGUGUACAAUGAUGUUGCCCAAAAAUGGGCUCAUGGGGCACUUUGGGAUAGGAGGAAGAUGCUACCCAAGUUCUCAACUGUCGUUUGGCGACGCUGUAUUAUAUUGUAAUGAGCAUCAUUCAUAGACCGUGCUCUACGAACUUAAUGAUCUUGGCGAUAGAACCGCUGCCGUGCG